UGGGAGAGUGGUCAAAGUGCAAAGUCAAUAAACAGCCCAGAUCAGCGACAGCAUGAAGGACCCUGUGAGUGGGUGCACGUACAAUCUGUUGUACCAAGAUCUGAAGAAAUUUUCAAAGAAUGGGGAGCAUUUCUGCAAAGAACUCAUGAUAGUCUUUCAGCAAAGGGCUGAGUUGGAGACCAGCUAUGCUAAAGGGCUGCAGAAGUUGGCUGGCAAGCUCAUCAAGGCCUUGGGUAGCAUGGGCCGCAACUCUACCUACAAUGCAUGGUCCCAAGUAUCAGAUGAAAUGUUUUCCAUGGCAGACAUACACAGGGCACUGGGAAAUGCCUUUCAGCAAGAAACACUUGCAGAAAUUCGCCAGGUUCUUGAUGAACACACUAGGCGGAAACGGCCACUCGAUAGUGCUGUUGAGAAGACGGGGAAACUUGUUGUCACAAACUGGAAUGAGCAACUUAAGGUCAAGAAGAAAUUAAUUGGGUUGACGAGAGAACAUGAAGCUCUCUUCAGCUUUGUAGAGAACAACAAGCAAAUGUGUACAGAAAAGGAAAAACAGAAGAUGCUCAACAGAUUGACUAAGUCUGCUGAAGCACAGGCCAGGUCAGAUGAGGAGUACUUCAACAUCAACAUGGCUGGUCUUCAGUUCAGACUGAAAUGGGAGACAACACUGAAGAACUGCUACCAGAUCAUUCAAGAGCUGGAGAAACAGCGCAUUGAGAUACUGAGUAACAUCCUUAAUAAGCACAGCCUCUACAUGUCCAGCUUUGGACAGACCCUCAUCCAUUGUCAGAAACAAAUAGAACAUGCAAUCACAAAAGUCGAUGUGGAGAAAGACAUUCAGAUGCUUGUUGAAGAGACCAGUGUCACUACAGAGGACAACAAGGCAGAAUUUCUGCUGGCUGACUAUUUUGAGGAGGACAGUAAGACAGUGAUGGGGAAGGAAAGACGAAAAGAGGCUCUGAAGUUCAAACUCCAGCGGCUACAGGAUAACAUCACAAGAUCUAAGAAAGAUCUAGAUGGUUUGGAGAGAAUGGUUAAAACAUAUACUGAAAAUCCCUCUUUCUCAAACAAGAAGAAUCUGGAGGAAACAGAGCAGCUGGUCGAUGAGAUCAUGCUGAAGAUGGACCUCCUGGAUGCAACCCAUUGUAAACUGUCUGCCACCAUGGCUGAACUAGAGGGGAAACCCAGGUCUUCUCAUCGGUUCAGUGACAGCAUUACAAAAUGGAAGGAUAAGGAUUAUGAGCACAGCAUUGUGCAGCUGACACGUCCAGUCAAGAUUAAGAAGACACCGUUCAGGUCAAGACAGUCAAUGAGGUUCUCUCAACGUCACACAGCUCCAACCCAGAGUGCGAUAGCUCCUGAAGUCCAGGCACAGGGCGCUGAAAUGCAGUCUGAAAAUGGGCUCAAUGGACACCUCUUCGAAUUUGAUGAGGUGGAUGAAAAAGGUGAACAGGCUGCAGAGUUUACAUGCAUUGGAAAAUGCAAAGCACUUUAUGACUUCAGCCCUGACAGAGACGACGAGUUGAACUUCAAGGAAGGUGACCUCCUUGACAUUCAUGAGAAGGAUGACAGCGGUUGGUGGUAUGGGACAUUAAAUGGCCUGAAAGGUCAUUUCCCGUCUACGUACGUUGAAGAGCUGCCUACAUUUAACAUCAACAUGUCGUCUGAUGUAUGACACUGCAAAAAUACUUUAUGCACUGCAUAAUGAAUUGAUAAACAAAUUCUUUGGUUAUUGCACUAGACGAGUACCCGCACUUCAGCUACAGUGCUGCUGGUACACUGAUACAGGUGCUAAAGCUCUACGCUGAUUGGCAUUACUGAUGAGAUCAUCAUUGUGAACAUGAAUAAUGAAUAAUGUUAUUGCUCAUACUUAGUCAUUCAUACUUAAGUCCAAAUGAAAAAUGAAAUGGAAAAAAUGUCAAACGAAAUGAAAAGAAAAAUGUCAAUUGAUUUGAAUCAUCAAAAUUGUAAUUUUAAGGCCAUUUAAAUCUGAUACACGAGAGCACUCCAUUUACCAUAUUGUCACUAUUUUAUUACACAUGAAUCUUAAUAAAAACUGGAACUGUAA